GUUAAGCAUUGUUUGAUUGUAAGGAAAUAGAAAAUAGAAGUAAUACAGUGCAGUGUAUUUCUUGAUCAAUCUAGCUGGGUUGAAAGAGAAAGCAUUAGUUAUGAUGAAUCAGAAAACAUAUGAUGGAAUUCUAGAAAUUCUAAGCAGAGAACCUUCUUUUAUUGAAGGCCGAAGACAUCUGGAAAAGAAAUGGCCUGAAAUUUUGUACGUGUACGACACUGACUACUGACUACGAGAUUGAGAUUGAGGAUUAUUAAUUAUUAGUAAUAAUAAUAAUAGAAGUAAUAGAAGUAAUAGUAGUAAUAAUUAGCUGGCUUUAAGUAAGUUUAAGCGAAGAUACUAGAGGCUAAGGGCAAGGGCUGAGUUACACUGGGGAAAAAACUUGGUUUCAUUUCAUGGUCAUGUUUGGAAGUUUUAAUUAAAGUUAAAGAAUAAUUAACCCACUUCUACUUCUUUAGUGAGUGUAAUAGUAAUAUGAAUAUAAUUUAAGUCUUUAUCUGGUGAAAUAUGUUAUUUUUGUAUCUUUAAGUUGUGUUUUAAAUUCAAUAUUGUUUGGAGGAGGAUGGUUCUCAUGUCUUCUGUGGUGCCCCAACGGUCCAAGGACUAAGGGAUAUGAGGAUGAGGAUUGUUUGAAAAGUAUCAGUUUUGACAAAUUUUAAGGCAUUUUAUGAGUGCUAAUAUAGCCCAUGUGUUUUGAUUGCUUACAGCUUCAUGCCUUUUUAAGUUAUCGGAAUAAUUCUACCACCAUAAGAAGCGGCAGAUGCUGUUCUUUCUUUUGAUGUAUAGAAAGUAAAUCUAUCUGAUCUCGCUGAUUUAAUUUUAAAAAAAAGAUUUAAAACCUUUUGUGGAAGAAAAAUUGGUGAAAUUACAGAUUUUAGUAGGCUAUGAAAGAAAUACUAAUAUGUACUAAUAGCAAUAGAAUAGAAUUUAGUAGAUUAGGUCUAGGCUUAUCGGCUAAAGAGUUGCAGUUGCAAGUUUAAAACUGGUUAUUGAUUUCAACCAAACAUUGAUUUUUCCUUUAAAAAUAAAAAUCACAAUGAUGCAUGAGGUCUUUGAAUAGAUCACAAAUGUUAAUGUAAAUGAUCAAAGUUGGCUGGAGCUUUUUUUUUUGUUUCAUCACAAUUCAUUAAAAGGUUGUUGUUUAGGCAGAGAAUUUUAUUAUUUGAAUGAUAAAAGUACAAGUCGUAUAAAUCAUAAAAUGAAAAAUUCUUUAAAAAAUAACAAUGAACACUAAUAUAAUAAAGUACAAUUAUAUUGAAUUUGGGACACUAAAAUAUGAUUUUACCAUGUAGGGAUAAUAAUUAUAAAGUGUGCCUUAGUGCAUGACAGGUUGCUAAUACCAGGGCAAUGUUGCCGGCCUCCAGGUUUGAAUUAGUCUGACUCAAGGGCUCUGUCCAAGUAGGGGUAAAGAGCUGUGUGGCAUGAACUCAUUAGCUGUGAAAGCCUGGUAUUAAUGAGCAAAGAGUUCAACCGCAGAAUACAAUGGCCAAAAUUGGCUGGCUAUAAAACUGCCCAUCUAUGCAAAAAUACUUGCAAAAUUAAAGCUCCCUGAAGAAACGUGGAACAUAUUAGAAAAACAUAAGAAUUUAUGAAAAUCAUAGGCUAAUUAUCCUAUCAUUGCAGAUUCGGGACAUAUCCUUUGUCUUAAAAUCUCUAAAAGUAUUCAAAAAUGUGUCCACUUUGUUUCUAAACUACUCUCUAACAAACAAUAUAAAGCUUAAUCAUUUUAAAAAAAACAUAAUUGGUUUACAAAAUCUUUUAAUUUCAUUGAAACUGUUGAUUUUCUUAAUUCAAAAUCUUUAAAAAAAUUAAUUUCAGACAAACAGUAGAUGAGAAAACACUUAAGAGCAUGCAAGCACAGUACUAUGUGGUAUGUACUAGUAUGUGUCUUUUUAAUAGUAAUUUUAGUAUCUAAGCAUGGUGGAUGAUAGCCAUUUGAUUAAAAAAAAAAAAAUUUAAAGCAAAAAAUAUUUACUUAUAAUUAAAGUUUAAAAAUCUGAAUCAAUCAGAUGCAUAAAUAAAAGUGCACUAGUAAUUUCCUAAUUGUGCUGGUGCAAAAAGAAAUGCUUGUUUUUAUCUUCUAGAGGCGAAUGCGACGUUGCCAUCAUCAUCAUUACAGCAGAGAAACCAGAGAAAAGUAUUACAAACUGUAUGUGAUCCAAAUUUUUAGGAAUCAAUUUUGUCAUUUGAUAAUAUUAUGAUAGUUUCAAUAUCUUAUUAAGUAAAUGGAGAUCCAAUUUCAAAAGACUUCCUUUGAAUAUAUUUCAGGAAUAGAUUGUUUUAAACAACUUUAAAAAAAAAAAAAAUUAAAUUGAUGAACAUGUAAAUAAUUUUUUAUUAAAUCUUUUUAUAAUGGUAAACAUAGCAUUCAUAUAGUUGAAGAGUUAAAAAAAUCAGACUUAAAAAAAAUUAGAAAAUGUUUAAUGGUUGAUUUACAUGACUAUGAAUUAUAAGGUAACUUUUUUCAUAAAUAUUUUAUUUCCUUUUAAUCAAAUAGAUACAAAGAGGCAAAAUCAAGGAACGAAAAGAAUGUUAUACUAAGACUAGCAGCAAAGGUAUGAAUAAAUAAUCUGUUUUUUUAUAUAUUCAUAGUUGGUUACAGAAUCAAAUUUGGUUAUGCUUUGAGAAAAAUAGCACAUUUUGGUUUAUGGGGGGUGGGGGUUGUGUGUGUUUAAAAACUUUGCCAAAACAGCAUGACAUUAUUUUUGUUUAUGACCCCUUAUCCCUUUGAUAACAAAUAAAAUUUAAUAUUUUAUUCUCACCUUGUAAUGUACCCAGUAAUCAUUUUUGAAUUAGGGGAAAAAAUUAAACCGUUACUUUUAACAUGCUCAUAUUUCAGAAUGACAUUUCACCUUGCCUUUUAGCAAGAAUUAUACUUGAAGAAUACUACUGGAACGAUGUAAAUCAUGGGAGAGAUAGAAGUGAAGGCAGAAGUUCUUGUAAGUGUAAUUUUUCAAAGUCAUGUGUCUAAUUUUUAUAAAUCUUUGUCAAUUAAAUUUAAGUAUUAAAUUUAAAAUGCCAUUAUUAUUUUCAAUUAACCCUCUUGAGAUGGCUGGACCGAUAAUCGAAUGGCCAGAAAGUUGAAUGGCCUAUCUAUAAAGUCCUUGAGAUGGGCUGGCUGGUAAUCAGAUUGCUUCACAUUUCUUGCUCAUCUCACCAUUAUAUGGUGGCUUCCAUUGAUGGAUUUUAUAUUAAUUUUUUUUUUUGGUUACCGAUUGACCCCUAUGAAUGCAUACAAAAUAUGUGACCUUGAAAUUUUCCAAAAAAGGCAUGAGCAGCCCCAGGUGCCCCAAUAUUUUAUGCAGUUUUUCACACAGAAUCUCAUUCAAAUGUUUGUCAGGUCUUAUUUAUUCAAAAAUCGUAACAUUAAAAAAAAAAGUUCUGCAAGUAAGACAUGUUUAUUCUAAAUGCAAAAAAUAAUUGCAUGCAUCAAUUCUGCAAAUCAGGCUAUCUCCUUUGCACGAAUGUUGACAUUUUAGUUUGAUUCCUAAGGUUCAUAUUAGUUCAUUGAAUUUUAUAUUUGUAAGUUACUAGUUUAUUUGGUGUAAAUUUUUGUGUGCAAAGGGCUCCAUCUUCUUGGCACUGACCUUCCAAAACCGCUCUGUUAAAUAUAAGUAGAAAAUUUAAAAAUGCGAUUAUCAUUGUCAAAUUAAAUAUAAGUAGAUACUUUUAAAAUACCAUUAUUAUUAGCAUUUAUGUUAUUAUUUUAUCUUAUUGAAUGCCAGAAACUAAACUUAUAAAAUUAUAUUAAAAAUCUGCUGAACAUCUCAUACUAUUAUUACUAACAUGCUUUGUAAAAAUUUUUGUACAUUUUAAUCCUUAUAUAAUUUCAGUGCCCUCUGGUUUCAUGACUGACUGUAUACGGGAUAUAGCUAAGCUUCCAAAUCCAGAGCUGGCACAGGAAAUUUAUGAGGUUAAUGAGAGAGAUUAUCAACGUCAAUUAUUUGAUGUACACUUUGCUUUGGUUUUUUAUGUAAAUUAAUUUAAUUAAUAACAUUACUCUUAUCAAAAGUAACCCAUUUAAUGGGCAAAUAUUGUUGUUUUAAUCAAUUAAAUAUGUUUACUUGAAAAAGACAAUUUUUAAAUAUAUUUCAGACUACAGUUAUGGACAAUUUCUAUGGGCCGGCUGUUGAUAGCAUUAAAAAGUUAGUAAUCAGUCUGGUGACUUUAUUUUUAUUCUAGGUAUAUAGUUUUGACAAAUUGAAUCAGCCCGUACAAAAAAAAAAAUAAUUAUCAAUUAAAUGUAAAUGUUAAGGAGAUUAUAAUCAUAACUUAAGAAAAAUAUGUAUUUAUCAGGAUUGUUAAUGAACUGUUCCAUGAAUGUGUGUGUUUGGUUUGUGUAUUGUUUGAUUUUUAAUGGGUGUAUUUGAUACAGAGAUUUGUUGUGUAGCUCUUGCUAUGUGGUUUGUAUUGGUGAGAUUUUUCUGAGCGUGUUCGAUACAGAGAUUUGUUGUGUAGCUCUUGCUAUGUGGUUUGUAUUGGUGAGAUUUUAGUGAGCGUGUUCGAAACAGAGAUUUGUUGUGUAGCUCUUACUAUGUGGUUUGUAUUUGGUGAGAUUUUAGUGAGCGUGUUCGAUACAGAGAUUUGUUGUGUAGCUCUUGCUAUGUGGUUUGUUUUGUUGACAUUUUAGUGAGUGUAUUUGAUCCAGAGAUUUGUUGUGUAGCUCUUGCUAUGUGGUUUGUUUUGUUGACAUUUUAGUGAGUGUAUUUGAUCCAGAGAUUUGUUGUGUAGCUCUUACUAUGUGGUUUGUUUUGUUGACAUUUUAGUGAGUGUAUUUGAUCCAGAGAUUUGUUGUGUAGCUCUUACUAUGUGGUUUGUUUUGUUGACAUUUUAGUGAGUGUAUUUGAUCCAGAGAUUUGUUGUGUAGCUCUUACUAUGUGGUUUGUUUUGUUGACAUUUUAGUGAGUGUAUUUGAUCCAGAGAUUUGUUGUGUAGCUCUUGCUAUGUGGUUUGUUUUGUUGACAUUUUAGUGAGUGUAUUUGAUCCAGAGAUUUGUUGUGUAGCUCUUGCUAUGUGGUUUGUACUGGUGACAUUUUUGGGUACCAGAGAUGACGUUAUGUUAUGGAAUAGCAGUUUGUAUGUAGAGUGAGAACUGAAAGAAGAAUAAAGCACUAUAUGAAGUAUUUAACCUAGUGUUGCUGCUUGUUUUUAAUUGUGGUUAGAGUUGUUAUCCCUAGAUAACAACUGAGCUAUCAAACUGACAAUACAGGAGUUCGUAACAAGCCUUGUCUCUGUUUAUUUUUUAAAAAAUAAAGAAAAGUAGAAAAGGGAAACAAUUUGUUUUAAAAUGUAGUUUUUUUGUAAUAUUUUAAAUUUUUCAGGAGUUGUGGUGUUGAGUAUGAAAUGAUCCUCAAAGCACAUUGUAAAAAUGCCGGUCUGUCCUUCAUUGGUAUGUAAUUAAGCAUUUUUUAAAACUGAAUAUUUCGAUAGAACUCCUACUUAAAAUUAAUAUACAAAAUACAUUAAAGGCAUUCAUUAAUUUUUGUUGUUAAUUUAAAUUUAAUGCGCAACCUUUUUAAGUCAUACAAAAAUUAUCUUCUUAGAUGAAGACCGAUUAAGGGAAGAAGGCUAUGACAAAACUCCAGACAUUAAGCUGAAGAUUCCAAUAAGUAAGCAUAAAAUUUUACUCGAGGUUCAUUAUCCUAUUCUCAUGGCUUUAACAUCAUAUUAUUAUUUUCACUGUCAUUAUGAAUCCUAACUUAAGAAUUUGUCUUUUGUUUUUAAUAUAAAAAGUAAACUUAUUAAUUUUGACGCAAGCAAAGGAAUUCUUAAACAAUUUUUUAAAUCUAAGUAGUUCUAUUAUGCUGCCAUUUUAUGAUAAAUAUAUAUUUACUUAUUUGUUGCAGUGAUAAAUAACAGAGUAGUAAAUUGGUUGGAGAGUAAAGCCUCAUUUGGAGAUCCUAUCAAUCACCAGCAAUAUAUGAUUGAUCAGUAUCUUCCCUACAAGAACAGGUUUAAUUUUGUUGUUCGUUUUCUAGAUAAGUUAGGUUCAAUUUAGUGCCUAGAGGAAAGUAUUUUAAAUCUCUUACACAGCCUUAUAAAAAUGAUUAGGAAUUCACUAAGGGUAAGAUAGUUUUUAUGUAGAGUCUUUCUAAUUACUAAAUAAAUUACAACCAACACAGUGACCUCAGGUCCACCAACAAAAGCUGCACAGAAUACUUGUUUGACAUCAUGUAGAUGUCAGAAGUAGUACAUUUACAUGGGGUCUCUGUUCUAUUAAAUGUAGACAGCCCAGGAUUUAUAUGCUGCAUGUUCCUGACUUUAUAUGAAUAAAAUUUAACAUAUUAAUAUUAGGAGGGGGAGGUUGUGUGAUCUCAGUUUAACAACAUAUUUUUAAAACAGUUAUUAUUCACUUAUUAUUUAAAGGGAUUUUGAAAAUCAGACUAAGUUUAAAUAACCUUUAUCAAUAGCUUUAAGUUUAAGAGUAAAUUUAUUUUGCAUUUUCUUGACAAGUAUAUUUUUUUUUACAUGUGUCUAAGUCUAAACUCUAAUGUAAUUUUAAGAUCAAACUCUAAUUGUGAAAUGUUUUCAUUAAAAUUAUUUAUAUUUUAUUGUCACCAGAUUUGGUCCAGGUGCAGUGAUUUAUUGGUUUGGGUUUGUUGAAGAGUUGGCAGACACAGGUGAAAGGGGGAUAAUGCUUCUCGACAAAUUUCCCGCUGCAGAACAGAUUACACGUUUAACAGACAUUUACAAGACUGAAGCUGAGGAACUGAAAAUCCAAAUGCUGUCUUUAAAAUCUGAUAAUGAGGCAAAUGAGAAUAACAUAGAUUUGGAUGAUAAAAAAGACAAAUUUUACAAUUAUGUCGAUCCGAUGUUUGAUUCUGAUGAUGACUCUGAACACUCUUUGUUGUCAACAAUAGAUAAUAAUAGUUUUAAUGUUUGCGGUGACAAAUGUCAAGAAAAAUAGCUUGUAUUUAUAAUCUGUGUUGGUAACAUUUUCUCUCAAAAAAAUAGUUGUUCCUAAUUGUUCAUUAAUUUAGUGUGCUAGUUUUUAAAAACCUAAUGUGUAUAUAGUUGUUCCUAAUUGUUCAUUAAUUUAGUGUGCUAGUUUUUAAAAUCCUAAUGUGUAUAUGAUUUUUGCACUUUGCAAAUAAAUGUCAUGAAAACAUAUUUAUAACAGACUUAGUUUUUUGUGUGUAUAGAACCUUUUAUUU